CUAUAUCUUAGUUCAUUUUAUACAUAUAAAAAUGGCAAGUGAGCUUAAAACAUGGUUAGUUUUACUUCUUGUUCUCUUUGUAGCAUGCUACAUGCAACACUAUGUCUAUGGAAACUCACCUCAAGUGCCUUGUCUUUUUAUAUUUGGAGAUGACUUCUCUGAUAAUGGGAAUAACAACAAUCUUCCAACAAAAGCAAAAGCUAAUUAUAAGCCAUAUGGGAUCGACUUUCCCAAAGGGCCGACCGGUAGAACUACCAAUGGGGAAACAACAGUUGACAUAGUUGCCAAACUACUUGGAUUUGACAAACCCAUUCCACCGUUUGCGAAUACUAUUGGCUCGGAUAUACUUCAAGGAGUUAACUACGCAUCUAUUUCAGCCGGAAUUCGCAAUGAAACAGGCAAACGUACAGCGGGUACUAAUAUCGCACUUGGACAACAGAUAGAAAAUCAUAAAACAAUUGUUGCUCAAAUUGCAAAGAAACUUGGAGGUGUUAAACAUGCCACACAAUAUCUAAAAAAGUGCUUGUAUUAUUUUAAUAUAGGCACCAAUGAUUAUUCCUUAAAUUAUUUCCAACCCAAACUAUACUCAACAAGUCACACCUAUAACCCCGAGGAGUAUGCUCAAGUUCUUUUUGACGAGUUAUUUGUUUAUGGAGAGGUUUUGUAUAAUCUUGGAGCAAGAAAAUAUGUUGCAGUUGGGUUGGGAAAAAUAGGCUGCACUCCAAUGGUCCUCGCUACUAGUCACGUGAAAGGAUCAUGUGAUGAAAAUCUCAAUGAUAUUGUAGCGAUAUUUAAUCACAAGUACAGAUCUCUAACAGUUCAAUUCAGUGCCAAAUUUCCAGAUGCACAAUCUACUUUUAUAAAUACUACAACUAUCAGACUAGACGGUUCAGAUGGUUUUAAGGUUUUUAGUGCUUCUUGUUGUCCAAUGAAGUCAGAUGGAUACUGUGUUCCUAAUUCAAAACCAUGCCUGAAUAGAAAUCAACACGUUUUUUAUGAUGGAAUUCAUCCCACGUCUGCUGCGAACAAAAUCUUCGCAUCUGUUUCGUACGACAGUGCAAAAAACCCAGAGAUAACUUCUCCAAUAGAUAUUAAACAUCUUGCUAAACUUGUUUUAAAAUCGAAUUAAAGUCAUAAUUGCAUCGUUAAAUAUGCUCCAGUUGGUUGCAUAAUAAAAUGAAAAGCUCACUAUAUUAAGUGUAAGCAAUAAGCAAUCAUAUCAUAUAUUGACUUGAAUAAAUUUGAA